CAGCAAACUCAAGAAGGAUGAGCUGCAUGACCAGAAAUAAAAACCGGAGGUCCUUUGGGGCUUCAGCACCACCCUUCAUUGACUACUUAAAAGAUAUUCUUCGUCGAUAUCCUGAUGGUGGACAAAUUUUGAAGGAACUGAUUCAAAAUGCUGAUGAUGCGCAGGCAACAGAGUUGAUUUUCAUCCAUGAUGAGAGGAGCUAUGGUACUGAGAGUCUUUGGAGUUCCAAUCUUGGACAAUACCAAGGUCCUGCUCUUUAUGCCUACAACAAUGCAGUAUUUACUGAUGAAGACUGGGAAAGAAUUCAAAAGGCAGGAAGAAGUGGUAAGAUCAACGACCCGAACAAAAUCGGGAGAUUUGGCAUUGGCUUCAACUCUGUUUAUCACAUCACAGAUGUACCAAGUAUAUUCAGCUCAGGGCACCUUGGCCUAAUGGACCCACAAGAAAAAUUAUUUGGAGAAAGAAAUGGAGGGUUUCUUUGGUCAUUGGAUGAUGAAGAACAUCAAGAAUCUUUAAUGACGAUGAAUGACCAGUUUCAACCCUACAGAGACCUAGUUUCACUUGUAGGCAAACAAGAAUGGUGUAAAAUCAUAGAGAAUCAGUACUUCUCUGGGACACUUUUCAGGUUCCCGUUACGCAACAAGGCAUCAGAGAUUUCAGACAAUCUGUAUGAUUCAGAUAAAAUGGCUGAGCUUUUUGAUAGCUUCAUUGCAGAUGCAGAUUUAAACCUCCUCUUUUUGAAAAAUGUGAGCUCUGUGUCCUUGAUUCAUAUUAGUGAGGAUGGCACUGUUACCACCAGGCUUGAAGUGAAAUCCUCAGAACAAACAAAACGUCUUCUAAAGCAAGAAGAUGACAUUGAAGGUUUGACAAGAUUCAAAGGCAUCACCCUAAAUUCAAAAGAGCAGAAAGAAACAAAAUGGCUUGUAACAACAUACACUAUGAAAGAGAGCAAAAUGCCAAACCUUGAUCUUCUUGCCAAAAAGUUGAGUUUUUUACCCAGAGUUGACUUGGCAUUCCCCCUUGAUGAGCAGAGAGACUGUUUUCAGGGCCGACUGAGCUGUUUUCUCCCUCUACCAAACAACGAAUCCAACAAGACCGGUCUCCCAGUUCAUGUCAAUGCCUGCUUUGGUCUUACAGACAACAGAAGACACAUCAAGUGGCAAGAAGAAGAUCAGAAACAUGACGAACAUGCUUUGUGGAAUGAAUUGCUAGUGAAGGAGGUUCUUCCCCAAGCAUACGUGAUGCUCAUUCAAGAUGCCAUCCAACUUUGUCAACAAUCUGCUUUUCCUGUGUCUUCUGUGUACAACCUGUGGCCUGAUGUUACUCAAAUGCAGCACAAAGACAAAUGGCUCAAUAUUGCUGUGGAGGUUUUUCAUCACUUAUUCAAUGAGAACAUGGCUGUUCUCACUCUUGCCAGAGAUGAAACACAGUUUAUCCCUCUAUCAGAAGCUGUGAUACCCUGUAACGGUCCAACAAAAUCUGAGACAUUAUCUGCCAUUAAAAGGACUUUGGUUUCCUGUGGAGAAAAUCUUGUGAGUUUACCAGCUACUGUAGUUAGGGCCAUCGAGUCCUAUGCACACACUAACCCAAAACAUGUGACCCCCAGCUUCCUCAGAGAGGUUCUCCACAGGUCUGGUGUUCAUAACAUCAGUAAAGAAGACAAACUCUGUAUUUUGGAAUACAUACUGAGUGAUGGACAAUACAGAGAACUGGUGGGUCUUCAGCUUCUUCCACUCAGUGAUGGAUCUUUCAGAUCUUUCACAAACAAAGAGGAGGAUACUGCCUUGAUUGACAACAAGGAAUUUCCAAGAAUACUGCUGCCAAACUGCAAAAACCUCUUCAUCCCCCACAAUCUCGGUUCAAGCUGCAGAACCCACCUGAUAGAACUGGCCAAGCUAGAGGUAUUCAGAGUCAUUAACAUCGAUAAAGACCAUGUGGUGCAAUAUACAAGAAAACAUCUGCCACAGGACUGGAAGCAGAUGGAGAAAAGACUUGCUACUUGGGACACCAAAAACAGUCACCAUCCACCAUUAGAUUGGCUUCAGGACUUCUGGAAGUUUCUGAACUCUCAUUUCAGUGAGUUAAGUUGUUUUAGGGACAUACCUCUGAUACCUGUCAGUCCACUGUCUGACAGUCAGCCUGUUACACUGGCAAAACUACAACAGAAGACAACCCUCAUUUUUCAGAAACGAGGACACAGCAGUUUGCCUGACCAAAUAACUCAGCUGUUGACCAAAGCUGGUGGCACAGUGGUGAGAGGAAAUGCGUGGCUUAAGCAUGAAGACCUCGAAACAUAUGUUCUAAACCCAUCUCCAAAGAGUGUCAUGAAGGUUUUGAUGAAUCUAGACUCCCAGCAAAUCAUCAGAGAUGUAAAGUCUGGUUCUCAAACAGCACGAGAAGAACUGAAAGACUAUUUUUCCCAUCUAAAUUCUCUCUCAGGUCAAGAGAAUGAUUUACUCAUAAUGCUGCCUCUGUUUCAAACUAUGACAGGGUCCUGGGUCGCAGCUCAGUCAAAACAGGCUUUGGUUCUAACGUCUGGUCCGGAUGUACCCGCGGGGCUGCCUGUGCCUGAUUCAGUUAUCCAGUGUGCUACUGAAGCUGAUCGCAGACUUUUACAGCUGCUAAAAGUGAAUCUCUUGGGCCCAGCUGAAGUAGGCAUUAUCCUCAUUGACAGCAUUAAGAAAGGAGCCUGCUGUAGUCAAGAAACUGAGAACAUAAUGACUUGGAUUUUGCAGCAUGGUGACAUCCUUUUCUCUCAAAACCAGUCUCUAAAAUUCAAGUGUAAAAAACUGAGAUUCGUUCAACUAAAGGGAGAGCAGAAAAAGGCCUCAGACUUUUAUGAUCCAAGAAUUAAAACCUUUAAAAUCAUCUUGGAGUCAGACUUUUUCCUGCCACCUGUGUACACAAAAACACAACAGAUGCUGAAAACCCUGACAGAUAUUGGAUUGAUAAACAAAGAGGCAGAUAUGACACGUGAGCAUUUGUUGCAUGCCACCACAAUGAUUGAAAAACAAAAAGUGAACUCUGAAAGUGAGGCUCUUGAAAGAGCUCAGGUCCUCUUGGAAAUGCUGGAUUCCUAUGAUCUACUGUCAAAGUUUUCUGAUGCGCAACUUCAUCGUCUAAAGAUGAUUAAAUGGGUCCCAUGUAAUCAACCUGGUACUGAAAAACAAGAGAUGUUUGAUAAAUCUACAAAAAGCUGUUUCUACAGUCCUGAGGAAAUAAGACACACCAUGUAUGAGGACAUUGUUGGAGAGGUGAUGCCUGUGAUGGGGAAGCUCAGUGACAGAGUUAACACCAAGCUUGGCCUCAAACGCCUGCCUCCACCUGAGAAAGUGAUUGAAAAUUUGUCAGUGCUAAAAUCAACCAUAGAGGACAUGGAUGAUCCUGAUACCAAUGUGGAUUUUAAAAGGAAGCUACAUAGCAUUUACAGCCACAUGCAGCAAAACAUCUCUGGAUUUGAAGAGUUGAUGAACGUGGAGCCAAACUGGCUAUGGGCCCAGGACCAGUUUGUUUCCCCUCGUGACUUGGUUCUUAACUACCCUCAGGAUCUGGAUCUGAGCUCUUACAUUGGGAAGGUGCCAAAUGAAUUUCUGCCAUACAAGAGGCUUCUUCACCAAUUUGGUCUCAGGACGUCACUUUCAAAUGAAGAAAUUGUUGGUAUUCUUCAUUCUAUCCAGGAGAACAUCGCAUCAAAGCCACAGCCUUUCGCAAGUCCAGCUGAGGUAAAAGUGUCCAUAGAAAUUCUCAACUGGUUGUGGAAAACAAAGCAAACAGUUCAGGGUGACAUCCCAGUGCCUGUUGUUACAGAAGAUGAACAGUUCACCCUUAAACCAAAAUCAGAAGCACUCCUCUGCGAUGUAAACAAAAAUAAACUGAAAGACUUUCAGUUCAGCGAGAACAAAAUGUAUCUUCUACAUGAAGAAAUCCCAAUAGCAACAGCUGAAUGGUUAAAAAUAAGGUUUCUUAGUAACUACAUCCUUGCUCCAGAGUUAAUUGGCAUUGAACAGUGUGGACAAUCUGAGCCGAUAACUACGAGGAUUAAAAACAUCCUUAAGGAGUAUGAUGAAGAUGGUGACAUCUUCAAAGAACUCAUUCAGAAUGCAGAGGAUGCUGGAGCUGAUGCCUGUAAAUUCAUGGUGGAUUUCAGAGAACACAAAGAUCCUCCUGAAAGUCUAAUUGAUCCUGACAUGGCGCUUUGUCAGGGACCAUGUCUUUGGGCCUUUAAUAAUAAACAGUUCACAGAUGACGAUUGGACAAAUAUAGUCAGAGUUGGCUCAGCCUCAAAGGAAAACAAGAUGGAAAAGAUUGGAAAGUUUGGACUUGGAUUCAAUACUGUUUAUCAUGUGACAGAUAUUCCCUCCAUCCUGAGCGGUAACAAACUUCUCAUACUUGAUCCGAACGUGACUCACCUGAGAAAGCACAUCCAGCAGAAGACAAAUCCUGGAAUCAAACUCGAUCUCUCUCAAGAGAGACUUUUCCAUUGCUUUCCGGGUCUAUUUGGACCAUAUGAAGGUAUUUUUGACUGUAACUUCACCCAGAAAUAUCCUCCAGAACCUUAUGAUGGCACUCUAAUCAAACUACCUUUUCGUAGUGAAGGAGAGGCUCUGAAGUCAGAUAUAAGCAAAAAAGUGUACCAAAAACAGGAUAUACUUUCCUUACAGCAGAAUUUCACUAAGAACUCACAAACUCAUCUGCUUUUUCUCAGGAAUGUCAACAUGUUGUCUCUAAAAACUAUCUCAAACAAUGUAUCAACAUCACUGAGAGAUGAAGAAACAACAUUUCUUUUAAACAUCUCUAAAACUGUUGAUAAUACGAUGAGGAUUCCACAUAAAAUUUUUCUCACAAAGCAGCACCAAGCAGAAAAAUCACUGAUGAAAGUUAAUAGUAAAUGCACAAAGAUAAUUGACAGCUCCACAAUCAAAACUGUCCAGAUUACAAGCAAGCAUUCUGGUAAAACUGACCAACAGUCUUGGCUCAUUUACAACUGCUUUGGCACAGGUCAGUCUUUGGAAAUGGUUCUUCAGGCAAAGGGAAAAGCUGUGUUCUCUUUGCCUAUUGGCGGGGUGGCUGUGCCUUUGCAAAAAGAUGCAGAAACUGGAAAAUUCUCUCCACCACAAGCAGAGUUUGUCGGACAGGCAUUUUGCUUCCUUCCUCUUCCCAUUAAAACUGGUCUUCCUGUAAAUAUAAAUGGUACUUUUGCUGUGAUGAGCAACAGAAAAGGUCUGUGGGAAAGUGGAGUUAAACAUGAGUGGAACAAGGCUCUUCUAGAGGAUCCUUUGGUGACUGCAUAUGUUACUGCACUUUUGGCCCUAAAGAAAAUGUCUGAAAACAAGCAACUUGAGGCUUACUGUUAUCAUACCUUUUGGCCUGAGAGAGCAAAAGUGAGUGAUGCUUUUAAGCCCUUAGUGGAUGAGUUUUACUCUUACCUUGCUCAGUCCUCCAGUGGCCCAGACCUUUUUUUUGAUGGAGAACAAUGGUGCUCAAUGAACAAUGCUAUCUUUCUACAUGAGAACAUUGCAGAAAAUAAAGAAAUAAGUAAACUCACAGCUCAAGUGUGUAAAAAAUAUAUAAAAGCACCAAACUGUAUUGUUCCUCUUCCACUGUGGUUAAGAAAGAGUUUCGGACAGGCAGGCCUAAAAAAGGAUUUACAAAACAAAACAUGGACCUGGAAGAAGUUUUAUCAAGAAGUGGUGUUCAAAAACCUUGGUACCAUGGACCCUAUAAGCAGGGACACACUUGUGCUGCAUGCUGUUGACCUCAACUCGAAAGAAAUUGACCAUCUGCUGACGUGUUAUCCUUGCAUACCCACAACAGAUGGACAACUCCAGUACAUCAAGAAACUUGUCAAUCCCUCUGGGAGAGUGGCCUGUCUUUUUCAGCCAGAGGAAGGACGCUUACUGGGUGGAACCAAACAGGACUUCUGUUCACCCAAAAGGAUUCAGCGCUUGUUGGAUCUUGGAAUGGCAGGUGAUCAUCUUUCACUGGAGGACAUCACACAUAAAGCAUGCACAAUAACUGAGACUUGCAGUGUUGAUGAAAAGAAAGCAUAUGAGAAUGUAACGUGCCUUCUUGAACUUAUGAAAGAACACUUGGAUGACAAAGAUUCUCCCCACUGGGAAACUUUGAGACUGACUCCAUUUCUCCCAGCAUUUCCCCCCCGUGACGUAAAGAUGGAAGGAAUCACAACGCUUCAAAAACCCACAGCAGUUUUCAGUGACAGAUCCCCUCUGCUUGUUAACAUGAUUCAUCCUGUGCUGGAUCACACUGGACUAAAAAUACACAACUCAGAUCCUGUCCUAAAACAUUUGGGAGUUCACAACAGUCCAGAGCCAGAGACGGUCCUUCAGCAGCUACAAGAAGCCUGUAAGCAUUCACAGUCAACUGACACAUCUAUGCUUCUGAAAAUGACAUAUGAGUGCUAUAAGUUUCUAGAUCAGUGGAUCAGUGGAUGUGGGAAUACCACUUUCAUUUCACAGCAAGCCAACUCAUUCCCCUUCAUCCUCAUUGGCAACACAUUCGUCAAUGUCAACUGUGUCGCUGAAAAUGAGCAGUUUGAAGUUAAACCUUAUCUCCAUGUACUUCCACAUGCCUUCGCUAGUUUCAGAAAUCUUUGGGAGACUGUCGGUGUUGGAAAAAAAUUCACCCUCACUCAGUUUGUCUCUGUUCUUCAAGAACUUCACUCCCAACAUGAAAACAAAGCACUGCCAGAAAGUGAUCUAUCGAUUUGCCUCACAAUUUUAACCAAAGGGAUGUUUGAGGCAAAACAAAAACCAACUGAAGACUGUUUCAUACCAAAUGAGCAUGGAGUUUUACAGCCUGCCAAAGAGCUGUUUUACAAUGAUAGUCCAUGGAUGCCGGUUGCUGCAGGUAUCACAUUGUGUCAUGAAAAUAUCCCUCGUUGUAUGGCUAUCCACUUUGGAAUCAAAACAACCAGGCAUUAUACUCUAGAAAACUCCUCAGUAGACAACUUUUCACCAUUUUCAUUUCAUUUUGAACAGCAGGAACAACUAACUGUUCGUAUUAAAAACAUAAUUUCAGCUUAUCCAUCAAAGAAGGACAUCCUUAAAGAGCUGAUCCAAAAUGCUGAUGAUGCUGAAGCAACAGAAAUUCAUUUCAUUUGGGACAAAAGACAACAUGGCAAAGAAAAAACUUUUGGGGAAAGAUGGAACAAUCUGCAGGGUCCAGCCCUCUGUGUGUUCAACAACAAAGUGUUUUCUGAUGAUGACUUGAAAGGCAUUCAGCAGCUGGGAGAAGGAGGAAAACAAAACUUGCAAGGAAAGAUAGGUAAAUAUGGAGUUGGUUUCAACUCUGUUUACCACCUGACUGACUGUCCUUCCAUCCUCACAGGAGAUGAAUUACUUUGCAUUUCUGAUCCCAAUCAGAAAUACAUUGAAACUCAUUCAGACAACUCUCCAGCUGGCAUUGGAUACAAACUAGCUAGCGGUUUCAAGGAGAUGUACACUGAUGUCUACAAAUCCUUUCUUCCAGACCAUUUCACUCUUAAAGAAGGCACCAUGUUCAGAUUACCUCUGAGGACAAAUAUGGCAGCAAAGAGCUCAGAAAUAUCUCAGCAUGAAGUCACUAAGGAUGACAUGGAUGAACUGUUCUCCGCCCUGUCUGAAGAUCCAGAAGGACUAAUUCUGUUCCUGAAAAACAUCUGCCAGAUAAAAGUUCUUGAAAUUGAUAACAUUUCCAGAAAGCUUAAGACUAUCCGAGUUGUUGAACGAACUCUGCAACAAGAAAGCAGGGUAAAAAAGGAUGCCUUUGCAAAACAACUAAAACAUGCACUGCAGUCUGAGAACCCAAUAACCCCAUGCAAGACCUUCUAUGAAAUUUCAAUUUCUACCUCAGAUAAAAGACAAAGUGAAUGGAUUAUUGCUGAACAGUUUGGGUCAUUAAAAAACAAUGAUGAACUAAAACUAGCGAACAAACUUCCCCAGGGGGCAAUUGCUGCACAUGUAAACACAAAGUCUCCCGACCCAUUCCUGUCCAGUAAUAAAAGUUUAGGAGGUGCUGCCUUCUGUUCACUUCCAUUGCCUGGAAAAACUGGACUGCCAGUACAUGUGAAUGGAAACUUUGAGGUAGAUUCAACCAGGAAAAACCUUUGGAAAGAAGAUGGCCAAAGUGUGAAGUUAAACUGGAAUGAGAGUAUGAAACAACUAAUCAUUGCUCCACUUUAUGCAGAUCUCUUACGCUACAUUAGAGAUAAAACUAAAGUGAAGAAAGGCUUCUGUCACAGUCUUGGACUCCAUUUUAGUGAUUCCAACUUGCGCUUUUGGCCAACGAAGUCAACACAUGUUGGUCAAGAAUGGCAUGAAAUGAUACUGGAAGUAUACAGGUCCAUUAAGGAAAGGGGUCUUGAUGUAAUUCCAGUGCUGAAGAGCUUAACAAACAACACUGCAAGACAGAAAAUUAAAGAGUACUCUCUUGUCUGGUGUAACCUUGCAGAUACAGAUCACAUUGAAUUACCUUACCUAACAGAACCAGAAAAUGAAAAGAUCAAUCUCAUUUUGGAAGCUCUUGGAAUGAAACUUGUUCCUGCUUUUGCAAACAUGCACAACAUUUGGAAAGACAUGCAGUCAGCUGGGAUUGAAGUGAAAGAAGUCAGUCCUGCUACUGUGCGUAUGUUUUUGCAAGCAAAGCCCAUUAAUGAUCCAAACCUAACAGAUGCAGAUAUACCCUUGGAUGUAACUAAAACUCUGAUCAGAAAUGAAAAGAGAUGCUCAGACCUGCUGGAGUUUUGUUUGAAAGAUGCCCAUAUGAAGGAAAAUGAAGAGGAUGAUCCGAUUUUGCUUGAUGGGCUUCCACUUCUUCUUACAAAAGAUAAAGUUCUGAGGAAGUUUAACUCUGAAUCUCCAAAACUGAUUUCAAGAUUUGAGACACUUUUCUUUGGCUAUGAAGACAAAUUUGCAGAUCAUUCAGUCAAUAGAAAACACAGUGUUCUGGAAACAUUUAAGCUUGUCGAGAAGCUGACACUUCCACGCGCAGUCGAAUACUUGAAACCAAUUCUUCAAAGUCUUCUUCAAAGUUGUGAGGUUGAUCCAGACAGUGGCCUGUAUGUCCCAAAUGAUAAACUGCUGAAGUGGCUGGAACAACUUUGGUGGUUCUUAACAAGUGAAAUUACAUUUGAGACAUCCACUGCUGAUAAAAAAAGACUGACAUUAAGGGAUGUGAGAGAACUCCUCAGUGACUGCUGCAUCCUACCUGUUGUGCAUCCAAGGAUAAAGAAACACCUCCUGCAGAAAAUGAAAGACAUGCCAAGUAUAAUCCCAUUUGUCUUAAAAGAAGACAUAUCACACAUUCUCUCCAAACUUGGUUUUCUGAAACUGGAUCGUCACUUCUUUUUAAAAGUUAAUCAACAGUUUUGCCAAACUCUACACCAUGAACUCAUGGAUGUGAAUGAUAAAAGCUCAGUGCUGGACCAAGUCUGUAAAAUCAGCCAGUCAGAGUUUGUGGACUUGUCAAGUGAUGAUAUGCAGACGUUUCAGAUGUUCCUGCAGUCAGGAGUAUCCAUGUCUAAAAACCGUCAAGAAUAUGAGAGGAAGCUUAAAUCUUUACCAAUAUUUGAAACAACAGCUGGUGAACGAGUAAGGAUUGAUGAACCCAGAGAUGUAUUUGUCCUCAACAGCAAACAUUCAGUGACAUUUCCACAUUUGUUCACCUUGUGCAACAGCAACAACACUUUCCUAAAACACAAUUCAGAAAAUCUUUAUCUGUCAGAAAUGCUGAAGAUUAAAAUCCUGAAUGAUCUGGAGUAUUUUAUGAGCUUCAUUCUACCUUUUACACAAACACUCAAGGAGAAAGAGACUCUUGACUGCUUAAAGCUGAUAUUGUUAAUGCAUUUUGAGUGUGGCUUUUCCAAGAACAAGGACAACAUUAUCUCCUCACUGAAGUCUAUGAAGCUGAUUCGCAGUUCUCAAGGUCGACUGGAGACUGCCUCAUACUACUAUGAUGAUAGAGUUACGCUUUAUGGGAAAAUGGUUCCCCAAGAUAAAUUUGUGCCAAUGACAUUUUGGACAUACUUGGGGGAGGAAAAUGAACAUCAAACAGAACAGGCAAAAAACCUGAUCAGAGAGCUGGGAAUGAAGCAUGAGGUGACCAAUGAUGAAAUAAUCCACUUUGCACACCAACUGGAGUCCGAAGCAAAAGAAAACAGAAACUUUAAAAUUUUGAAACAGAAGUCAGAACUGCUUUUCAGAGAAGCCUUGAGCAAUGACAAACCUGGAAGUUUGCUGAGAAGCAUUGCUGAUAUCAAGUUUAUCUAUCCAGUUAAGAUUCAGGAAGAUCUCUGCAACUAUCAUCAACCAUUUGCUUCAGAGAAUACCACUGUUCAAAUCAGAGGAUCUUUGAUUGAUGGAGAUCCUAAACAUCAGAAUUUGGUUUGGUCAUCAACCCCAAUUAUACAUCUGCCAGUUCGUAUCUUUCAGAAGCUCUCACAAAAGAUGAAAGAUGCAGGAGUUCAUGAACAGCCACCUUCAGAGAAUGUGACCAGAAACAUAAGAAACAUCUGUCAGUCACCAUGUGAAACUGAGCAGUUGAUCAAAACUCGUGCAGAUGUGUUUCGACGUGCGUAUGCCUACCUGCAAGCCAAUGACUUUGAUGAACAAUCAUUGUGUGGUCUUCCUGUUGUCUUGGUUGAAAAAGACACUGUGCUUUUUAAAGCUGAUGGUGUGUGUCUCUCACUCUCUCAUGACCUUGACUUUAGACCAUAUUUAUACCAAAUUUCUUCACAAGAUGCAAUGUAUGCAGAGUUCUUUCAAAAAGUUGGUGUGAAGAAGGAAGCCACUGCAGAGCAGUACUGCAACGUCCUGGCAGCUGUUUAUGCUGAUUCGUGUGAUAAACAACAGCUAAAUGCAAACCAGCUGAUCACUGUAAAACAAGCAGUUCAUCACUUGUUCUUCUUAAUCAAAACUAAAGGAAACCAGGUACUCAGUCAUAAUGUUCAGACUUUGUAUCUUCCUGCAGUCGAUGGAAAGUUGCACACAUCAAGUUCAGUCUACUACAAUGACACAGUGUUUGAGAUCAAAAGGUUGGAAGAAGGACUAGAAGAUAAGUUCCUGUUGCUUGAGAAACUCAGUGAAUGCCAUUUGGACAAAGACAUCUUUGAACAACAUCAACUGGUGAAAAGGUUACCUCAGAAACUUCAGCCUAACAUGUUGUCUCAGAUCACUGAAGAGAAAGUUGUGGAAUCAAAUGUGCAGCUUUGUGAGCUCGGGAACAGUUGUGAGUUCAGUGGAUGGUUUGAUAAACAUCUCUCCUCACAACCAUUCAAACAUGGACUUGUAUGUCUUCUCAGAGAACAGACUGAGGGUAAAAUAACACAAGAAGAGGCAACAGAUGUGUGUGAGAAGACAUUUGGCAGCAUUCAGAUUGUCUGCUGUAGAUCCUUGAAAACCAUGCUAUGGCUGGGUCAAGAGCCCCUACACAAAACUGCCAGAGAAACUGAUGUUUUUGUCAAACAAGAACAACAAGGUCUUACAUUGUUCUUGAAACACAGUGAUGACAUGGCCCCUAAAGUAAUAAACAAAGUUAACAUGAUUUUGACAAAGGGGAUUAAUGCUCUUUUAGACCACAGAAUUUUAUCAGAUCAUCUCCCAGUGCUUGGACAACUUCUCAUGUGUGAUGAUCUGCGAGACGUGCAGCAAACUCUGGCUGAUAAUAACAUCCGUGACAGUUUUAUCACUGAAAAGACAACUCUCAAUCCACCAGAUCCUGGGACAGAUAUUCCAGAUGAAUGGCACGAUUCAUUAGACAUGUGCUUCCUGAACAACUUUGAAGAGGGGGAAUAUGUUGGCUACAGCACCAAGAACACGUACAUUUAUGCAGUGAUCGUUGAAGAGCUUCCUGGGCACUCUGGACUAUGUUCUCGGAAAUACAAAAUAGACAUUGGAGAGGGUGAACCAAUAGAAGUCAGUCAUCUUGACUUGCAUCAGUUUAAACGAGGACAUAUGGUAAAACCACAAGGGAUGACCUAUACUUCCUCUAGGGAGCUGGUUGUGAAGAAUGUAUCACCUUCAUCCCAACCCUCGCCAAGUUCCUUACCAACCUCUCUUGAUGAAGCUAAAAGAGAAAUUGACAAAUGUUUGGCUGAGAUUUGGACAUUUCCUGAGGAGGAGAGGAAGAAAGCCAUUAAGAGACUUUAUCUUAGAUGGCAUCCUGACAAAAAUCUUGACUGCCUGCUCCUCGCCACAGAGGCUGUCAAAUAUUUGCAAAAUCGAAUUGAUGAGCUAAGUAAGGGCAAGGGGAUUACGGUAGGCCCAUCAUAUCCCAACAGAACUUCAAAUUACAGAAACUUCUACCAGCAAUGGGACCAAGAGGCCCAACGUCACAGAAGUGGUCGAGAACGAUUCCAUAGAUUUAGAGGCUUCCAUUCUUACAACUUUUGGACCCAUAACACAAACAUUCCAAGGCCAAACAGAAACGAGGCCGAACGCUGGUAUAAACAAGCUCGUUGUGAUCUUCAUGCAGCUCAUAACGACACAAGUGGAGGCAGCACAGAGUGGUGUCUGUUCAAAGUCCAUCAGGCAGUGGAAAAGGCUCUCAUUGCAGCAGAAUAUAAACAUAAUGGUGAGCACACCAGCAGCAGCACGAUUUCAGCCACUGCAGCAAAAGUUUCCCACUUCCACCCUCAACUCAGAGACCUGCCUCAGAUUGUGGAUGAUCUGAAGUCACUGGGAGUGGACGCCAAAAAGACUCAAUACCCCAACUGCCAUCCAUAUCCCCACAUUCCUAAUGAACGGUUCAGGUCUGAAAAUGGAGUAUUAGCAGUGAACAAGGCAUCUGAGCUACUCAACAAAGUAGGAGUAUAUGUAAAUUAGAUUGAUCAGAUUUUCUGUAUUUUCUUUAUUUGUUUUCAGAAGGUGAUAUUUGCUAGAAUUUGAUGCUUUCUGUUUUUGUGAAUCCUAUUUUAAUGCUGUUAUAUUGAAACAUAAAGAAACAAAAAAAGAUCAAACAGUACAAAAGAGAAAUCAUUUAUAAAAAUUGUAAUAUCAAAGCAUGUAUUAAAUGCAGGAAGUGUGCAUGACUACAGAGGUCCAGCAUAAUCACUGUAGAAACUUUUGUGUUAUAUAUUCGGAGCAGAUUUGUAGUGGAAAUGCAAAUAUUGACUCACAA